AUUUAAGCCCAAAGCAAUUCCAACGUUUGGUUAUGGAACUGGGAAGAUCUGGCUUGAUGAUGUCAGAUGCAAUGGUUCUGAAGUGAUGCUGAGUAGCUGCACACACAGACCGUGGGGUGCUCACGACUGCAGUCACGAUGAAGACGUUGGCAUCAUAUGUGAUGAACGUAGCAUCAGCAUGAAGUUGACUCCGGGUUACAGCAGCGGCUUGCUGCAGGUGCAUCACUCGGGCAGCUGGGGAACUGUGUGUGAUGACGGAUUUGGUCAAGUCGAGGCUUCUGUUGUGUGCCGGGCGCUUGGUUAUCAAGGUGGAAGAGUGAAGAACGAAAUGGCCCCCCUGAGUCCAAUGACCAUGUGGUUAGACGACGUCAAAUGUAGCAUGAAGAAUACCCAUCUGCAGGACUGCAAGCAUGGAGCGUGGGGAAGGACUGAUUGUGGAAACGAUGAAGCUGUUGCCGUGGAAUGUUUUUCUUUUGCAGAAGGCAGGCGCAUUAGUCUUAAAGAACAUUUUGCUAUUUAUAGAUAAUUAUUUGUUCGUUUUAAUCCAGCACUAAUGUUAAGAAUAAUUAUCCGAUCAUAAUUCCAUGUCCCUCUGAACAUCAGUGAGUGAAUGUUGUUAAACAUCAUUAUUCCAGCUAUGUCACGGCGCCUGUAAACAAUUUGGAUCAGACAAACCAGUGAUCGAUGUGCCUGACCAACGCGGCUACGCUUAUUACGGCCAUGUCAUCGUGACCCUCUAUGUCAAUCUCACUUCUUUGAGACAUCAAUACUUCAGUUGUCUCCAUGUCAUCUCGGCCGGCAUAUAUUCUGGAAUUCUUGCUGAUAAAUGUUGUUGCAUGUUGAAAUCAGGUUUCACAGCUGCUCGACUAGUCUCCACCACUAAGCAGCCGGCACAAGGGACCCUGGAGCUGUAUUACAAGCAACAGUGGGGGCGAGUCUGUAACUCUGGCUUCAAUGUCAAGGAAGCUACUGUUGUAUGUAGGAUGCUGGGAUACCUCGCCAAACACUCGAGUGUGAUACCCGUGAACGUCACCUCACCGCGGCCGAUGGUUCUGGACAGAGUCCAGUGUCUGGGUACAGAGCCGUCACUGAACGAGUGUCUACACUAUCCUUGGAAUGACACCAGCUGCUCAUCCACCUCAGCUGUCGGGAUCAAGUGUUCCAUGGAGUGUAACCAGAUUCACCUAGAGCCAACAGGGAACCUCCUCAAUGUGCCCCGUGGUCAAGAUAUCAGUGUUAAAUGUGUGGUGGACAGCAGUACAACUACCCCUCCUGUGUCACCCUUUAUAUGGAUUUACAACACGCAAUACUAUAGUGGCCAAGUCUUUCGGAAAACCAUCACCUCGAAAUCUGAUUCUGGAAAUUUAACCUGCAGCUUUAAGAAUAAGCGUGCUUCCACUUAUAUCAACGUCUUAUAUCCUCCUAGAAUCCACUUGGAGCCAGACACUGUUGAGGUUGCUGUUGGAGGAGACGUUCACGUGUUGUGUGUAGUUGACGACGCCAACCCGUCGGUGACAACAUUCACAUGGCUCCACAACGGGCUGCUCACCACUGGAGCGACGUUUACUGCACUGAACGUGUCCAAGUCUGACAGAGGGGAACUGUACUGCUAUGCUGACAAUGGCCAGAAGGGGAUGACACCUGUACGUGCAGUCAUGACGAUAAAUGUGAAAUAUCCCCCUGAAAUACACUUGGAGCCAAGACAAGAUCGGAUCAAUGUGCUGCGUGGUGGUGACGUGACUGUUGUCUGUGUUGUCGAUGCCGCCAACCCUGCCGUCUUCUUGUUCAUGUGGAAUCACAACAACGAUAUCACCUAUGGACAGACGUUUACAAAAAACAACGUGUCUAAGUCUGACACAGGGAGACUCUACUGCACUGCUGACAACGGAGAAGUGACUGCCAGUGUGGGAUCACAGAUUGUUGUUGUGUAUCCACCUGAAAUCCACCUUGAACCCAGUGUUGAGGUUCUAAGUGUCCUGCCUGGCGUCGAUGUUACAGUUGUGUGUGUUGUUGAUGACGCGAACCCCGCCGUCUCGUCCUUCACGUGGAAUCAUAAUGGCAAUGUCACGUGCGGACAGAAUUAUACGAAACAAAAUGUUUCCAAGUUUGACCCUGGAAGUCUUUCCUGCACUGCUGCAAAUGACGAAGGAAACACCACUAUUCGGACAACCAUUGCUGUGGUUUCGGUGGGUAGAACGUCAGUAUCCAGCGCUCAGACCCCAACUCUAGUUGUUGUGGCGGGGAGUGUUGCAGCUGUCCUCAUCCUCGUUCUCGUCAUUGAAAUCCUCCACCUCAUCCUAAAACUAAACACAACAGAAGAUCAAAGACUGAAAGACUCGGAAUCAAAAAGGACAUUCAGAAGAAUCAAAGUGAAACGACAACAUAACCACCUCACCCUACCAGUACCAGAGUCAGAGUCUCGUCAUGUCUAUACGACUGUUGGACUGAACUUGCCGGACACUGACGCGCAAACUGCAAAUCUUUAAUAUGUCGGCGUUAACAUUAUGGAAACGUUGUCAUGGAAGGAUGUAAUUAGGUAUGGACAAAGCAGUGGCUUCCAUCUCGAAUGGCGACGAAAGCUGAUCGUCCACCAUUCAUUCUAUGCGAAGUGGAAUCCAGCGUCUAUAUACAAAUUCUAAGCAAGCAUUUGGUUACUUUUGACCGCAUUUAACUGAAGAUAAUCACUUUGGACCUUUCCUCAUACGCCCUAUCACACCCACACAGGGUAUGGGGGCAAUCGGGAGCGAUAUAAGUGAUUAAUUAAGGAAAUGGAUUUAUGAAGAUAAUCUUAGAUAUAGCUUCGUCUUCCAUAAUUGACUGUCAAUGUUUAUUCUUCAUUGUUUUUCGUGAUCUACUAAGAGUAUUAUUACAACGCAUGUGACCCUUGUCACCUUCUACAGAUAGUCUUAGGCCACUGUCUUGCAUUUCUGCUUUGGUUUGUACAGAAAACGCGUCUGGUUUCCAUCUAACGACCAUCUUCCCGAGGCAAGAGAGUUAACUGACUUUAAAGGCCCAGUUUCCAUCCUUGCCGAACUUGUCUGGAAUUCCUGGGGUCGAUCGUUGCGCUGGGAUAUAUGUGGCCCUUCUUAGCCUCUCCUAUGGACCAAUCAGAUACCACCUCUUGUAUCGAUUGCAAUUGUUUCAAACAAAAUGACGGCGCACAGUCAAGACGAUUUGAUCGAUAACCAAGAUCUAUUUUGCGAUAAAACGGGUCUUACGUCGCGAAGUGUAUCAAAUCACGCGAGCACCUUGAUUAAUAAACAUGAAAAGAUCUGGAA